GGAUCUUAAAGCACUCUUUGAUUGGUCCGCUUGUCUUUGACGUCAGUUACGCGCCAGGCGUUUAAUUAGUUGAACACCUGUCUGCAGAUGUGCGACGGUCGGGCCGGUGGCUUGUGGACCGUGUUGGGGAACAAGACCAACGGAGCAAGUGCUCAAGAAAAGGGGGGCGAUUUCGUACCUGACGUAAUGUGUUGUGGUCAGAACCUUUCACCCCAAAACAAGUCAACCAUGCGCGUCAGACACGUUCACAAGUUCACAAGUGAAAAUGUCAACAAGGAAGAACACAGCUAGCUUCGGGCUAGCAGCUCAGCUCAGUGAGACUGACGGCUCCACGUUGUAAACAUCACUGGGUGCAAACUUUGACUUUGAUGCACAUGUGCUUCUGACGGGAGGAGACUCUUCUGCACAAAUCACGGGAACCAUGCCUGUCCGGAGGGGUCAUGUCGCGCCACAAAACACAUUUCUGGGAGUAAUUAUUCGGAAAUUCGAAGGACAAAAUAAGAAAUUCAUCAUAGCCAAUGCCCGGGUGCAGAACUGCGCUAUCAUCUACUGUAAUGACGGCUUCUGUGAGAUGACGGGUUUCUCCAGGCCAGACGUCAUGCAGAAGCCGUGCACCUGUGACUUCCUGCACGGCCAGUUCACAAACCGGCACGCUGUGGCCCAGGUGGCUCAGGCGCUGCUGGGCUCAGAGGAGCGCAAGGUGGAGAUCACCUACCACCGCAAGGAUGGCUCCGACUUCCUGUGCGCCACGCAUAUCAUCCCCGUGAAGAACGAGGAGGGCGUGGUGAUGAUGUUCAUCCUUAACUUCGAUUACAUCCUGGACGAAGGCAGCAGUGACUCACUGGAGAGACUCAACCACACCUCACCAUCCAAAGCUGACCAAUGGAAAGGGAGAUUCUUUCGCUUUCGUUUCCCAGCCUUACCUCUCCUGGGCAUCAGCAAACAGUCCCUCCCCCAGGAAGACCCCGAUGCUGUCAUGGUGGACUCCCCUCGCCACAGCGACGGCUCGGUGGCGACGCAUGACUACCAACUUCCCACCACUCGCGAGAGCUGCAGUCCCUCCUACGCCAACGACACCCGCGCCCUCAUCGGCCCGAGUCACUGCUCCACGCCCGUGUCCGGGCCUUUGGACCACUCAUCCCCCAAGGGCCCCUGGAACCAGACAUACCCAGACCAGGCCGUAGACCAGACCCAACACCAGAGCCAAGAGGAUACACUAGUUGCAGCUCCAUCCAUCCCAGGCCUCACUCCAACCGCCUCCAGAGAGAGCGUGUGCAGUAUUCGCAGAGCCUCCUCCGUACAUGACAUGGAAGGCUUUGGGUCCAACUCCAAGAUGGUGUUCAGGGACAGACAUGCCAGUGAAGGGCCGCUCAGCCAGAUCAAAUCCAGCCUGCUCGGCUCCACCUCUGACUCCAACCUCAACAAGUACAGCACCAUCAACAAGAUCCCCCUCAUCACGCUCAACUUCUCAGAGGCCAACAAUGAGAAGAAGUGCCCCUCCCCUCCGUCCUCUGAGAAAACCAUCAUCGCCCCGAAGGUCAAAGACCGCACGCACAAUGUCACAGACAAGGUCACACAGGUUCUCUCUCUGGGUGCAGACGUGCUGCCUGAGUACAAGCUCCAAACGCCACGCAUUGACAAGUGGACCAUCCUCCACUACAGCCCCUUCAAAGCAGUGUGGGACUGGCUGAUCCUGCUGCUGGUCAUCUACACGGCCAUUUUCACGCCCUACUCUGCUGCCUUCCUCCUCAAUGACAUUGAGGAGCAGAGGAGACGGGAGUGCGGCUACUCCUGCUCGCCCCUCAACGUGGUGGAUCUGAUCGUGGACAUUAUGUUCAUUGUGGACAUCCUCAUAAACUUCAGGACCACAUACGUCAACGCCAACGAAGAGGUGGUCAGCCAUCCGGCCAAGAUCGCCAUCCACUACUUUAAAGGCUGGUUCCUCAUAGACAUGGUGGCUGCCAUCCCAUUCGACCUGCUCAUCUUUGGCUCAGGAUCAGAUGAGGUGUGUGUUCCUGUGAGAGGGGUCCAUGGCUUCAGGCUGGCAGUGAGUGGCAGCUGGAGAAAAAAGAGCAGACAGCUGAGCGCGAUGUAUGCGCUCAUCAUACAGCCAGAUGACUGGUGCAGCGACAGAAUGUGUGUUCCUGUUGCCGCUAGUGUCCAGAGCACACAGUGACAGGAUGAGUAGAAUGACAAAAUGCUGUAUUUUUAGCUCCUCCAAUCACAAUCAGCAGAGCCUCAAAAUAACAUGUUCAUGUACAGUUUUAGCUCGUGUUAUUUUAGCUCCUUGUGCACAGACUAUUUUUAGACAUAAUCUUGUGCACCUUUGUUGCCUGGAAACCAUCUCUGACAAUAUGUUAAGAUUUUCUGUUUUUGGCUGAUUUCAUUAGAAACAUGACAGGAUGAAAUGUCCCUUGAGAGGUUCUUCUUUUCCAGUGUAGAAUUUCAGCUGUGCAGGCUGGCAAACGAGAAGAAACGG